UUCGAAUCGGUACUGCAGUUAGUAUUCCAUUGAUAUUGCUAUCCAAGAAACAUCGAUGGCCUCCUUCAAAACACUUGUCUUUGUGUCGCUCUUGGUUAUUGCUGCACUGGCAGUAGUUCCAAUCGCCAAAGCGCAACUUGGCGGGCUCGGUGGUCUCACGGCCGGGCUUCUUGGGCUAAUACGCAUACAAGGGACUCUGUUUUGCACGGCCAAUGGCCGUGUCAGCAAUGCUGGCGCCUCCCUUACACCAGUAUUUCCAAAUGCUACAGUCCAAUUGCAAUGUGGAUCAGGAAAUGUGGUAUCUACCGCUAUUACGAAUACCUCAGGACUCUUUUCAAUCGUGCUAGAUCCUCUCCAGUUUCUUCUGUCUUCACUAUUGUCUAAUUGCAAGCUCGUUGUUAGCACACCACUCUCCAGCUGCAACUCUAGUUUGUCUGGAACCACGAUACUCCAAUCUACCUUGCAGCUCAUUGGAACAACCCUCGCGGGCCUCCUCAGCAUCAUCAAUCUCAUUCCAGCCGGUUUCAGCCCCAUCAUUAAUUAAUAUCUAAUUAAGAAUCAUUAACAUGCAUGGCCAACUGCGCAGAAGUCUUGUUUCUUAAUCUAGAAUGAAUAAGAUCAACGAAGGAUGAAACCUUUUUGACCAGGUACCUAGCAUAUUAUGUGAAUCGAUUUGUCUUCCAAGUAUGUAAGCCAAGAUAGUUGGGAUUCAGAUUGUACAAUUCUCGCUUACACUAGUAGUAGUAUUCUCCCAAUUAGUAAUGAAGGCCAUGUAUGAAUAAUGUAAUCCAAUAAUUUGUCUUUGUGAGA